GUGGCUGUCCGAUACUACUCGCAGGCUCCGAAGGAGCUGGGUCUAGAGGCCCUGGUGGAUCAGCUGUCCCAGGUCUCGCAGUACAUGCACAGUACCUCAAAGGAUGCGGCGGAGGACUUCUUCGAAAGCCUGCGAAGAAGGACAUACAUGACUCCAACCUCGUACUUGGAGCUGAUCGGUCUCUUCACAGACUUGGUCGGCAAGAAGCGUGGUGAGCUCACCACCAAGCUAGAGCGGUACACCAUCGGCUCCAAGACGCUCAACGAGACAAAGUCUGUGGUUGAUGACCUGAAGGCUUCCUUGGCCAAGAUGCAGCCAACGAUCGAACAGGCAAAGAAAGACACUGCAGAACUGAUGGUGAAGGUGCAAGCAGACCAGGCAAUCGCGAAGGAGAAAAGUGAGGCUUGUGCCGUCGAUGAGGCAGCAGCUUCCGAAGCUGCGGCCGAGGCCAACGGUAUCAAGGCUGACUGCCAGAAAGAUCUGGAUGAGGCACUGCCUGAAUACUAUGCUGCCAUCAAGUCGCUGGAUUCCCUGGACAAGAAGGACAUCCAGGAGGUGAAAUCCUUCGCGAAGCCGCCGCCUCUCGUGGAGGUCGUUCUCAGUGCAGUGUGUCUCCUGUUUGGCCAAAAGGAGAGCUGGGACGAAGCCAAGAAGCUGAUGAAUGACACCAAAUUCCUGGACAAUCUGAAGACCUACGACAAGGAUGCGUUGGCAAACAACGCCAAGCUGACGCAGAAGUUGCAGAAGUACAUCAAGAGCCCUCAACCUGCUUCGGGCCAGGUGAAGAGCGUAUCCUCGGCGGCCAUGUCUCUUUGCAUGUGGGUACGAGCCAUGGAUGUGUACGGCAGAGUAUCCCGGGAGAUCGAGCCGAAAAAGGCUAAACUCAAGGUUGCGGAGGAGUCUCUAGCCGCUGCUGAGGAGAAGCUAUCCAUCAAGAAGCCAGUUGACACAGCCAUGCGGGCCAUGCAUCUGCUAAGUUUCUGGGCCCUUUGUGCCUGCACGCAAAUACAAAGUCUGGCAGAGACCCUGGGGGUCUUCGAUGUUGUUGUUGCGGGGGCUGGUCCCGCUGGUCUGUCAACGGUGAGGCAUCUGCUCCAGGCUAACUUGUCGAUUCUGCUGCUCGAUAGGUCUGAGCGAGUUGGUGGUCGCAGCCGGACACUGAAGUUUGGGAAGUACGGAGUGGAUGUUGGCCCCGCUUGGGUCCACUAUGGCACUGCAAAUCCGCUUACGUACUUAGCGGAGCAAGGCAACUGUAGCAUGGUUCGAACCCAAAAUCUCAACAUGAAUGUCUACCAUGCCGGAAAGGUGGUACCUCGGCCUGUUGUGUCAGACAUGUUCCGUCUUCUGGACGACAUUGAAGCUGGUUACAAUCGGUGGAAGUCGUUUGGGGUCAAGGAUGACAGCCUUCUGCAUGUCUUUCAGCAGAUCUUUCGGCACAAAGCGCUCAAGCUGUCAUCUGAGCAGGAGGCUGCAUUUGCGGCCAUUCUAUAUGGAGAAAUAAUAGAGGAUUGGACGGCCCCCCUACACGAGCUUUCCGCUGUGAGGCACUGCGAGUAUGAUAGCGUUGAUGGUGUUGGAAGCGACUGGCGCAUUGUGGAAGGUAUGGAGUGCAUCAUCCAGCAGAUCAUUCAGCCAAAUUCUCAAAACUUCAGCGCAAAUCGCCACGUCAAGAGAAUACGGAUCGGCUCAGAUCUGAUAGAUAUUGAAGGUGACGGGUGGGAUGUCUCUAGCCAAGUUGCAGUUGUUGCCCUGCCCCUUGGAGAAUUGCGAGAAGGAAUGGUGUCAGUGGAGCCCCUGCCAGACUGGAAGCAGCGGAAGCGAGAUGCUUGGAAGCAGCUGGGCCUGGGCCGUGCCAUCCGAGUGGCGCUGGAGUUCAACCAGAGUUUCUGGCCCUCAGAUGUGGAGUUCUUCAUGGACUUUGUCACGAAUUGCACCCAGAAUUUCCUUGAGGAUGUAGAUCUGUGCUCCAUUGAGUUUACCGCGCCUGUCCUCGGCACCUACCCUCCCGUGUUAGUGGCCGAAGCAGAUGGGCGCUUGGCUGAACGCCUGACGAAUGAAUCAGAUGCAGCUGUUGUCCAGUUCCUGCUGGGCCGCUUAAGGGAGAUGUUUGCAGAUCUGCCAGAAUUGAGGAGUUCUCAUGUAUUGCGUCCAUGGGGUCUACCUUUCUGGCUCAAAGGCUCCACGGGAAGGCCGGCGGCGAGAUUAGCCGGGAAACCUUUGGAUGAUAGGCUGUUCUUUGCUGGAGAUUACGUAUCUCACAAUGUGGGAACAGUUACCGGGGCCUUCCUAUCUGGAAUCGCAGCAGCCCACGCGGUGGCAUGCAAACUGAAAGGUCAAGGGCUCAUUUUGGAGGCCUUACCCACAGUUGCCCCGAUGAUCGACAAGGACUGUGCGGAGGAAGUCAUCCGAUCGCAGGGCCGGUGUAAUUCCAGCCUUUGGGACAUUCUGUACAAUUGCUCUGCCCUACCAGACUUGGAUGACGCUGAGCUAAAGCUGGUUAUGGACAAUGUCGCCUCUCUAGAGGCCCAGCUGGCUGCAGCACAGCGGAAGGCUGCCCAGCUUCAAGCCGACGCGGAAGAUUGCGUGGUCAAGCUGGAUCGUGCUGAAAAACUGCUGGCCGGCCUCGGAAAUGAAAGUGUGCGCUGGAAUGCCGAGUCCUCGGCUGCGGCCAGCGAAGUCUUGGAGAAGAAUUUGAAGUUUGUGAUUGGCAACAUUGUCCUUGCAGGUGGCUUCAUAGCAUACACGGGCCCCUUCACCGCUGAAUUCCGGCGUAGUCUGGUGUCAAAGUGGAAGCAGCAAGCAGAUGGCGUGGGUCUCCUCUGCGAUCCCAGCUGGAAGGCGGCAGACGUGCUUGUGGAUCCAGCCGAGGUUCGCACGUGGAACAUCCAGAACCUGCCCUCAGAUGACCUGUCGGUUGAGAACGGUGACUCGCGGGAGGAGAUGGCCCCUGAUGGUCGAUCCCCAGGGCAGUUGUUGCUCCGCCUGGGCACUGAAGACGUGCCGUACGAUGAAAACUUUGUCAUGCCCCAAGCUUUCUAUGUCACCACGAAGAUGGCAAACCCUCACUACCUGCCGGAAGUUUGCAUCAAGGUGACGGUUAUCAACUUCACCGUCACUCUUCUGGGCUUGGAGGAGAAACGCCACCGGCAGCAGCGGCAAGAGCUUGUGGUGCAAAUUGCCGCUGACAAGAAAACGCAGGAUGACCUCGAGCAGCUGAUUCUCAAGCUUCUGGCUGAGGCGGCCGGCGAUGUUCUGAAAGAUGACACGCUGAUCAACACUUUGGAUCAGUCCAAGCAAACAGGGCUGGAAUGCCAAGAGCGUAUGCAGGUAGCCGACAAGGCCAUGACGGAAAUCGAUGCGGUUCGUGAGAAGUUGCGGCCCGUGGCGACGAGGGCAUCGAUCCUGUAUUUCGUGGUGGCCGACCUUGCGAACAUUGAUCCCAUGUACCAGUACAGCCUUGAGUUCUUUGUGCUUCUCUUCCAGGGCCGCUUGCGGGAUGCCGAGCAAUCAGAGGAUAUCAAUAAGCGCAUCGACAUCCUCGUGGACGACUUCACAAGGUUCAUUUUCUUGAACAUCUGCCGCGGCUUGUUCGAGGACCAUAAGCUGCUGUUCUCCUUCCUGAUCACUGUCCAGAUCCUCCGAAAUGAGGUGCAUUCCAAGUUCUUGAACAAGACGACCAUCAAGCCCACAGAAUGGCUUUUCUUCCUGCGCAAUGCAGAAGCAGGAAAAGGGGUUCUAUCUGACGAUGAAGUGAGCGUACCUUGCCCUGCCUGGGUGGACAAGACUGCCUGGAUCAAGUUGGACGUGCUGGAGCGCUUGACUGCCCACAACGGCGAGAUGCAGUUCGUGGGUCUCAAAGAGGCCAUUGCAGCCGAUGGCGGCUGGGAAGCUUUCUGCCGGAGUGACGACAUGUAUCAGCGACCGAUGCCCAAGCCCUGGGAUACAAAGCUCACGGCCUUCCAACAAGCCUUGGUCAUCAAGAGCAUGCGCGAAAACUUCUUAAACUUUGUGGCGCGCAACGUGGUCUUCCACGAGCUGGGCCAACUCUUCAUUGAGUCACCGCCCUUCAAUUUGGCAAGCUGCUAUGCUGACUCGGUUGCAACAAUGCCCUUGAUCUUUGUGCUCUCAGCGGGUGCUGACCCCACCGAGUACCUGUUGACUCUUGCAGCCGAGAAGGGAUACACUGAGAAGCUGCACUUCAUCUCGUUGGGCCAGGGGCAGGGACCCAAAGCUGAAGCUCUGAUCAAGCUGGGCUGGGAUACCGGCGACUGGGUUUGCCUGCAGAACUGUCACCUUGCGGACAGCUGGAUGCCAAGGCUGGAGGCAAUCCAGGAGUCGCAAGUGCCAGACAAGAUCAAUCCGGACUACAGGCUUUGGCUGACGAGCAUGCCGUCUCCGAAGUUCCCCGUUCCGGUCCUGCAAAGUGGCAUCAAGAUCACCAACGAGCCCCCGAAGGGUUUGCGAGCCAACUUGGGCCGAACCUACCAGGAUAUUGGCGAGGAUGUUUUUGAGAGCUGUCCCUCGAAGCCCACAGAGUUCAAGAAGCUCCUGUUCGGCCUGGCUUUCUUCCAUGCGGUCAUUCUGGAGCGUCGAAAGUUUGGACCAAUUGGCUGGAACAUCCCGUAUGAGUGGAUGGACUCGGACUUCCAGGUGUCUCGAGAGCAGGUUCGAAUGUACCUGGUGUCGCAGCCAGAUGUCCCGUGGAUCACGCUGCGGUACAUCAUUGCAGAAGUCAACUAUGGUGGACGAGUCACCGAUGACAAGGACGUGCGGUUGAUCUCUGCAGUGCUCAAAGGCUACUUCAGCGAGAGGAUCCUGGAAAAGGGCUUCAAGUUCGCCAACCUCGAGGCCUACUGGAUUCCCGAGGAGGGAAGUUUGCAGGAGACCAGAGACUAUCUCAAGCAACUGCCCAUGGACGAGGAUCCCCGAAUUUUUGGGCUGCACCCAAAUGCUCUCAUCACGGCGCAGUUCAACCAAGCGAAGAAGUUCCUUGACACAGUCGUCAGUGUCCAGCCCCGCAUUUCCUCUGGCGGGGGUGGCAAGAAGCCAGAAGAAAUUGUCGCUGACAUGGCGCAGGAGUUCCUGAAACGAGUUCCAGAUGCGGUGAAGAGCAAGAACGCCCAUCCGGAAACUUACAAGAAGACUGCCCAAGGUGGGAUCGUCUCGGUGGGCGUGUUCCACAGCCAGGAAUACGCGCGCAUUGAAAAGCUCAUCAAGGUGGUCAAGUCAAGUCUGGUCAUGCUGGGCAAGGCCAUCAAGGGCACAGUGCUUAUGUCCGCAGAGCUUGAGGGGAUGUUUAACGCCUUCCAGGAGCAGAAAGUUCCAGGCAACUGGGCAAAGGUGGCUUACCCCUGCCUGAAGCCGCUGAACUCCUGGGUGAUUGAUUUCAUUGCACGCAUCGACUUCCUGGUGAAGUGGCUGGUCGAAGGGCCGCCGCAAAGUUAUUGGAUUUCGUGCUUCUUCUUCCCACAGGGCUUCAUGACAGCAGCCCUGCAGCUGCACGCAAGGAAGACCAAAAUUCCCAUCGACACCCUGGAAUUCUUCUCAGAGGUGACUUCUGUGCAAGACAGCACAACCUUGACAUCACCACCUCCGAAUGGCGUCAACAUCCAUGGGCUUUUCCUGCAGGGCUGCGGCUGGGACAUGACUCGCGGCUUGCUGAAAGAGUCUGACAAGGAUGUGGUAUUCGUGGAGAUGCCCGUCAUCCACUUGGAGCCCCUGGCGAUCACAGACAGUGCCAAGAGGAUAGUCGACGGUAAUCUUUACAUGUGCCCCAUCUACAAGACAUCCGAGCGCAAGGGAACAUUGUCCACAACCGGCCACUCCACGAACUUCGUGAAGUUUUUCCCCCUGAGCCAGGACCAGGCUGAUACGGCUCAUUGGAUUGCUCGAGGAGUAGCCAUGCUUUGCAUGCUUGACGACUGA